AUGUCUCAACUAGUGUGGCUUGUCACUGGCUGCUCCUCGGGCUUCGGUGAGAUCCUCAUCCAGCAGAUACUAUCUCGAGGGGAUCUUGCCAUCGCCACCGCGCGGAACUUAGACAAGAUCCAGCACCUCGGGAAGCUCGGAGCAGCUACGCUGGAACUCGACGUUACCGACUCUCAGGAAACUAUCAACGACACCGUCGCCAAGGCCAUAGCCGAAUACGGGAGAAUCGAUGUAGUCGUGAACAACGCCGCCCAUGUCACGGCAGGCGCGUGGGAGGAUGUCGAAUACGACCAGCUCCUCGCGCAGUUCGACACGAAUGUCUUCGGGGUCUUUAAGGUGACGCGUGCUGUCCUGCCCCAUUUCAGAGAGAGGAGGGCGGGCGUCAUGGUAUUCAUCAGCUCGCUCUCGGGGUGGCACGGGCAUGCUUUUACCGGCCCCUACGCCGGAUCCAAGUUCGCUUUAGAAGGCCUCGUCGAGAGUUUAGGUCGGGAAACAGAAGGUUUUGGCAUCAGAACCUUGUUAGUCGAGCCCGGGCGGUUCCGCACGAUGCUCCUGUCGCCGAGCAACUUGCGCGCAGUCACGUCCAAGAUCCCCGACUACGCGGAGGUCUCGAGGGCGAAUAUGGAGGGCCUGGCAAAAGAAGAUCGAAAGCAGCCUGGAGACACGAAUAAGGCUGUGAAGGUCAUUCUCGAUCUAGUAAGGAGGGAAGGCUGCGCGCUGGGGAAAGAGGUCCCGUUUAGGUUCCCCCUGGGCAGGGAUGCGUACGAGACGAUCGGAGAGAAGUGCAAGGAAAAUUUACACUUGCUGGAGGAUUGGCACGAUGUUAUUACUAGUACGGAUCAUGAUGUCUAG